AAUAAAUUGGACAUAGGAUGCUGAAUCCUAAAUUUGUGCGUAUUUCAUAGUGUGCGCUACAUUAUGAGAUGCCAUCGUUGACAAUCGUUCCGAUAGUUUCCCGUCCGAAUUUGCGUUGAUUGUUAAUUGUGAUGUCUGGGAAAGGGUCCAAAGGAUUCGCUCUGUUCCAAAUCAACAGUCAGGAUGUAUGGGACGCGGAUGAUCGUGAAUAUCAAAGCAUUAUAUCCCCUAAGGUUGUACAGAAAACAGCAGAAAAAGUUUUGGAAUUGCAUAGGAGGGAGUCUGCGAUCGCUGAGAAGAGGGAUGACAGCCUCAAGAACGUUGAGUCUGUCGAAGUUAAAAACCCUACCGUGUUCCCUUUUGAAAAGUUUCCAAAACAUGCACCUGGAAUGGGCGUACGAUUAAGGGCGAGUCCUGAUGACUUCCCGGUUGCUCAACAGAAAUUAUUAGAUCAAGGUCGUAUCCAACGUUUCAGAGCAUGUAUUAACUCAAGCAUAACUGAUUUAGCCGUAUUACGUCAACUUUCAUGGUCAGGAGUUCCAGAGGAAUUAAGACCAACAGUAUGGAAACUUUUAUGCGAUUAUCUUCCAACUAGUCCCGAUCGUCGUGUCACUGUAUUAUCGGAUAAGCGUAAACAAUACUCUCUAUUCGUCAGUCAAUAUUUUCAUUUACGUGAAAAUCCCAAGCAUAAACCAAUGUUUCAUCAAAUUCAAAAAGAUUUAACUAGAAUGACGCUACUCUACCGUCGACCUGAAAUGGUUGCUAUGUUUGAAAGAAUAUUAUUUGUUUGGUCAAUGCGACAUCCUGGAAGUGGUUAUGUUCAAGGUAUCAAUGAUCUGCUAACCCCAUUCUUUAUUGUAUUUCUAUCGGAAUAUACGCAUGUUGAUAUAGUAUAUAAUAUGAUUGAUGGAAAGGCAGAUUUAAACACAUCAGGUGAAUUAAGCUUACAAUCAGAUAUAACCAGUGACCAACUGACCUCAGUUGAAGCGGAUGUUUUUUGGUGUACAUCUCAUCUGUUGGAUACAAUACAAGAUAAUUAUACAUUUGCUCAACCAGGUCUACAAAAUAAUGUAAAAAUGUUGGCUAGUUUAAUUGAACGUGUUGAUACAAAGUUGUAUCAACAUUUUAUACAAAAUGAUGUAGAAUUUUUACAAUUUGCUUUUCGUUGGAUGAAUAAUUUAUUAAUACGUGAAUUACCUUUGCGGUGUAUUAUACGUCUAUGGGAUACGUAUAUGUCAGAGAAUAGUGGAUUUUCAACUUUUCAUGUUUAUGUAUGCGCAGCAUUUUUAUUACAAUUUUCCAAUGAUCUCUGCCGUGAACGAGAUUUUCAAGGUAUUAUGGUACUACUACAACAUUUGCCAACAUUUCAUUGGACAGAUGAAAAUAUUAAUCUAGUUCUGGCUGAAGCGUUUCGUCUGCACUCUUUGUUCAAUUCAGCAAUGCAUCAUUUAGACUUUAGACGACAUUCUGAUUUAGAUUAGAAUGAGUGUUAUUCCCUGUACACCUUCUUCUCCAACUUAACUAAUUAGUGCUUCAAUUCCUUGCCUAGGAGGAAUUGUACUGACGCUACUGGCGUUAUAUACUGUAACUGAAUGUACAAUAAUUUCUAUUACACCUCUCUUCUCUAUCGUUUAGACUGCUGCCUUUAUUCUGUGACAAACUGUUUCUCUAUUUCGCCUUAAGUUAUGUUCUUCUUGUUGUUGACUGACUGACUGUGUGGUGCUCAAUUAUAGUUGACCUCCCGGUAAAGGUUCCUUCUCUCUAUCUCUCUCUUUCUCCUGUCACUUGUACAUGUGAGUAUCCACCAUAGUAGCCGUGGUAUUUGUAUGCAACAAUAUCUUCCAAUUAACUAAUGAUUUUGUUACUCCUCUACUCUGUCUAUUUCGAUCGAUAUAUCUACCUGCGUUGGUCACCUUCCCUUUUUUUUCUUUUAAAUUAUCAUAAUGCCUUCUAACCAUGUUGGUCUAUUGUCUAGGUAAGAUCUGUUAUCACAACUACCACUAGUAUUUCUACAUGUACUUAUACUACUAUUAUUAUUACUAGUGGCAGUAGUACUGAUAUUUUCACUAAAAUUUCAUUUUUUUUUUCAACAAUCCUUAUGUCUUUCAAGUUUUCAUUGUGUUGUGAUAUCGCGUGUGGUUUAUACUUAUAUUAUUGCUGUAUUCUACACUGGUUUGUGUGUGAUUGUUAGCAGGCUCACUAGAAAAAGUUGAAAUCAAGAAUGUAUAUUUUGUCGAUCUUAAAAAUUUUACUUCCCAUUUUUUGUACUACUCAAUAACAUAAUAAUCAGUAUUUCUUUUCCUCAUUUGAUGAUUGCAUCACCUUUGUAUUGAUUAGAUUCCUGUAUUGUUCUCUUUUUUUUCUCCGUAUGUGUUAAUCAUCCUGGGCGAUUAAGGGUGCCCCAUUGUGCGUGAUCGCUUUCCCAUAAAACUACCAUUUUUUUUUAAAGAAAAAAGCUGUACAAGGAGAAAACAAUCGAAUCUAGAAGAGAAAUAGCUAAGAAGAGAGUUUGCCAAAUUUUGUCCAAUCUUGAUUCGUGUGUUAUAGUCCACUCUUUGCUUUCGCUCCCCUUCCCUUCCCUGACCAUCUAUCCGGCAGUCCGUCUGUUUAUCGGCUGAAGGGCAAUGAUAUUGACUUAUUAUUACUACACAUUAUAUUCUUGUUAAUUGAUGAGUUCAAUCUAUUCUUACAUUUCUACUUGAGAGUGGGGAUUAUUUGGCAAUAUAUUCUCCCUGUUUUUUUUUGUUUGGACCAUUUUGUAGCGUAGAAUUUGUUCCAUUGCGGUGGUGAGUAUUCAUUCAUCAAUAAGGUGGUGUAUCUACAGCAGCCAGCUAUGCAGAGAAUAAUUAUGUGUUCCGUAUAAAAUUCUAGCCUCUGUAAAUCAUUAGAGUUUUAUCUGUUGAAUGCGAAAUACUAUUUGAUCGAUUUCC